GCUCCAGGCGAGCAGUAUUUCCCGCCUCCUCCUCCUGGUCCUCCUCCUCAGCAACAACAGCCACAACAGGCAUAUCCAGCGUUUCCACCUCCUCAACAACAACAGGAGCAACAACAGCUACACCCAACUUUCGCUCCACCGCCACAGCAACCCGAACCGCAAUCGCCGCAGCCUCCUCACGACCAACAGCAUCAACAAGCUGGUCAGCAGCAGUUUCCGCCGCCGCCCCCUCAGCAGCAUCAUCAGAACCAAGAGUUCUCACCGCAGCUCAAUCAACAGCAGCAAAACCAGACAUACAAUCCCCAGACCUACCAGCCUCAGUCGCAACAACAGCAGACCUCUGCCUAUUCCAUCCCCGCCUACAAUCCUGCGAAUCCCGUCUUUGCGCCGCCGCCUUCGAAUGCCCUCAACGAACCUGCCAGUCCCUCGGGAUAUCAACCCCCAUCAGAAGGACAGCAGCAGCAUCAGCAACAGCAACAACAACAACACAGCCCGUCUCCAGACCCUCUCGCAUACGGCGAUGACCACGGACAGCACAAGAGCGGCUGGAGCGAGCGCCUCUCAGCCCUGGGCAUGAAGGCCGCUGCGCCCAUCAACAGCAUUGCGCACAAGCUGGGCAGCCAGAGCUUCCUCCCCGAGACGCUGGACAAGGAAUGCGAAAAAGCUGCGACGAUCCUAAAGGCCUUUUGCAAAAAAGGAGUUUAUGCCGACCCUGCUGCGUCUUCGCUGCCCACCUCGACCGACCCCAACGCCGCCGAGUCCACCGACAGAGUCAUCGAUCCCACACGAGAAAAGCCCAAGACCCGCGUCAUCGUCACGAUCCCUCCCAAGGUCAUCUCCAAGGCUGUUGGCCUGGCCAUCUUCACCACGCUCCGGGCCGGCUUCCAAGUCUCUGGCGCCACCGGCUCCGGCAUCCUCAUUGCGCGGCUGCCAGACGGAUCUUGGAGCCCUCCCUCGGGCAUCCAGCUGCACUCUGUCGGCGGCGGCUUCCAGAUCGGCCUCGACAUCUACGACUGCGUCUGCGUCAUCAACAACCGGGAGGCCCUUGCGGCCUUUACAAACACGCGGGUCAGUCUCGGCAGCGAUCUGGCCGUGGUGGCUGGGCCGUAUGGAGCGGGUGCGGCCGUAGAGUUUGGCACGUCGCUGGAUCCGAGAGGCGGCAGCAGAGGCAACAGCCGUCCUUCGUCGUCUCACGGACAAGACUCACAGCAGGCACAGCAGCAGCAGCAGCAGCAGCAGCAGCAGCAGCAGCAGCAGCAGCAGCAGCAGUCACAGCAAAAUCUGCAGCCCGACUCGACAGACAAAAAGAGCCACCGACGCAGCCUCAGCGCCAGCGCAGCCAAGCCCGUCUUCUCGUACGUCAAGUCACGAGGCUUCUACGCCGGCAUCCGCAUCGACGGCACCGUCGUCGCCGAGCGCAAAGACGCAAACGCCGCCUUUUACGGCCAGGCCGUCUCGGUGGACCAAAUUCUAAAGGGCCAAGUCCCGCCGCAGGGCCCUCCAGGAAUGUGGCCAGCUGGAGCCCAUACACUCUUUGGCGUUCUAAGGGGGGCCGAGGCUGGCGCUUUACAGGCAUCAUCCCACGAGAACGAGCAGCGUCCCACAAGUCCA